GCGGCGCAGCAUUUGACGCUCAUCGAUGUCCAUGUUAUGAGACGUAUUUUGUAACGUACCAGGGCUCAAUAUUUGUUUUCUGGUCACUCAGGCUGUGAAACGGCAGCGUCGUGAGGAUACUACAACUUCGCUUCGUCCACUUGAAGGAAAACCACGGUGUGCCUGUGAGAGUACACCAGCUGUCAUACAAUGUUUCCAGCCGGUAGAUACUCGAGUAAAGGUACGUUAAGCUAACGGCUAGUUAGCUGAGGUGUAGCGGCAUGCUGUGCUGUACAAGGGCUAUACUUGCAACUUUUUACACUAAAAUUACAUUAUAUUUACACAGUGUCUCCCUUUUUUUUGCCUCACUUUACAGAACUGUUUCUUAAAAGUAAAUGUGUAAGCAUGAGCUCAAACAGCAGAGUUUGUCCGUUAUUGUUAGCUUCAAGCUACAAUGUAGGUGAAAGUUGAACCCAGAUAUGGGUCAUGUGAAUGGUGUCCUUGUCCUGGGUUAAACGUCCAAAAUACACCUUUACAGAUAUUCCAGCAUGAGACAGAACUUUCCAUUGAUUGAGGAAAGUACAGCCAAGUUUUUGCUGGUGUAGAAGAAAGCUGGAAGACUUAGGAAACACCUCCGUCUGCUAGCAUGAUCCCACUGCUGCAACUUCAUGUGUGACAGCUGCUCUAUGUACAGCUGUAUUUUCCUUUCACUGAGGUGUUACUUUUACAAAACUUCCCACGUGAUUUGACUCGCAAGACAUCAGUUAAAAGUCAAUUAUUGAUUGUGUUCAAUCUGUGUUAUACAAUCUGUGAACCAGAUCCAGCUCAACUGAACCACCAAACUCACUCUUCACAUGUCCACUAGUUUCAGCUGGUCUUGACUGGUCUUGCUUUCUCUCUCUUUUACAGCCCACAGGUGUAUCAGGGCAUUGAAGACAGUGCAAACAGAGUAUGCUGCCCCUCAGCUGUACACAUCACUACACAGGCGGACAUGCUCCUCUGUGUCAACGCCUCGAAUCACAACACACUACACCAUCCACCCUCGAGAAAAAGAUUCAAGAUGGGAAGGUAAGCCGUUGUAAUAUCUGGUGAUAUCUUAUCCUUUAUAUUCACACUCUAGAGGUCACAGCUGGCCACAUACGACACACUGGAGAGACAUCCAUCUGCACCCUUCAGUCAUUAUUUUGUGAAACUUCCAAUAAAAGCCUGUCUCAAUUAAAGGCAGGGUCCCUUUUAGCAGCAGGGUGUGGCUGCAUAGUUUGCCAAUAAAAGGCAUGUAUUAAUUAGAAGCACAUCUACAUUAACGGUUUAUGAGGUUGUCUGUGCAAUGAAGCUCCUGAUGUUGUUUUACUUUUAGUGAAACUUAAAACAUCACAAUAACUGACCACCACAGGGGCAUGGAGAAAAAAGCAGACCUGAAUGCUGUCAGGCUGUCAAGCUUGUGCAACCAGAGUAGCAACUAUAAGCUUCUUGGCUAAUUUUUUUAGAGGAAUGAUACGAAACAUAAAGCUGAAUAUGAAUUUUUGUUGGGGAAAGAUGGACUUCAGACUUGUCUAAAUGAUCACGUUAGUGUCUGGUGCAAGUUAAGCAGGAAUAAAGCUUAUGAAUAAGGAAUUAGAAACUUAUGUGACAAAGAAGAUAAAGACCAAAACAAAGGAUUUAUUGCUUUUGCUGGCUUAGAAGAUGGUAAAAAAGCUGCAUUUUUUUUCUGAGUUAGAUGUUUUGUUUAGUACAAACUAUCAUGCAGCUGCAGGUGGAUAGAGGAAAGCAGUGAGAGGAGCAAGAGGACGCAGGUGUGUGCGCAAGUUUACAUAUACGUCUGAAAUGCUGAGGGACAAUGUAAGUUUAACAACAGAGAGGCUGUAGUGAUCCCACGUUGUUAAAGAGCUAACAUUUGCAAGGCUUAACAGCGACAUCAGUCUAUAUCAUAAUAAAAGAUGAUCCUAAUUCUUGACAUUAUAAAGAUACAAGUCUGAAAAGGCUCAAUGACAUGUUGUGGAAGAGCUCAGAUCCUGUCACUUUUAAUAACAUUGUAAGAUUCCUACAUUAAUACAAGUAAAAGUCUGCCAUUUGGUUUGGUGAGUGUUUUAAAAAUCAUCUCAAAGCUGUUAAUAAAGUAAAUAAAUGAAUGUUGGACGGACAGACAUGCUUUGAUAAACGAACAGGAUAAAAAGUUUUUUUCCUCUCAUCAAUUUUAAUUUUAUUUUGAUGUUUUUUUUUUUUAUUGCAAGUGCUCAGAGUGAUUAAGUUUAGAUGAGUUUUGGAGUUGCGUGAGUGCAUUAAUGCAGAUGUCAAUUCAUGAUUGAUUGUGUUAAAGAAUCAAGGUCUCAGUAUCAAUUAAAGUAAUUGUGAUUUGAUUUUUGCCAUAAUCGAGCGGUCACACUGACUUUUCACUCAGUCUCAUUCUUCUUAGUGAAUCAAUCUGCCUUUUUUCACAUUUAGAGCUUCAUGAUUGGGCUUUACAAAAAUAUCAGGGCUCUUGAGUUGUUAAAUUAUUUAACCAGAUCCUUCCUCUGUUGUUUGGUUGAAGGGUUAAAGUUUAUUUUAAGGCCAGUUGCUUUGAUCGUGCAUGUUUCAAUUUUAGAGGAAUCAGUGGUAAUAAGCUUUAAAAGGUGUCUCCUGCUAAAAUACAGCUUCAGAGAGAAAAGUCACACUGAUCUCCAAUAAAGAGGAAAACAAUCCUGCCUUAACCUUUCAGUUUUGGUUCAGUCACCCCCAUAGUAUAUUAAAAACUUGAUGAUCACACAUUGUCCCUCUCUUUACAACAUCUCUUCACAUCCUCCUCCCUCAGGCGUCGAAAUGGAGAGAUUUGCCGAUGAGGCAGAUGUGGUGAUCGUAGGUGGAGGCCCUGCCGGUCUUUCAGCAGCCAUUCGUCUGAAACAGCUAGCAAAUGAGCAUGAGAAGGAGCUGCGGGUGUGCCUGGUGGAGAAGGCCUCUCAGAUCGGAGCACACACUCUGUCAGGAGCCUGUCUGGAGCCCAGCGCCCUCGACGAGCUCUUCCCUGACUGGAAAGAACGAGGGGUGAGUGUACUGCAGAGAUGCACUGACUUUGUACCAUAAAGGAUGGUUACAUCAGAUGCUCCAUGUUGUCAUAGUUUGCCGUGUCAUACGUCACGUGACUGUCAGGCACCAGAGUUAAAUAUAACAUAAGUACAUUUACUCCGCAUACUUUUCCUACUAGUACAGAGUUCAUUCAUCAACAGUGACAGACAUCUGCACUUGCUACAUGUGUACAAUUGCAUUAAUUCUUAGUAGUUUUGUAUAGAGUAAAUCUUGUAUUAAUACUUAACAUGAAUAUGUAUUUAAACUCUUAAAUCCUCUCGAUGUCAAACUCCUAUCAACAUAAAUUGUGCUCUUUUCGCAGGCACCUCUUAACACUCCAGUGACUGAAGAUGUGUUCAGCAUUUUAACAGAGAAACACAGAAUCCCUGUUCCCAUUUUACCAGGUAAGAGCCAGUUUAUUCUGUCCACUAUCGAUCAGAGAAGGGCUCUGCUUUUCAAAGAUGGUAUUUCAUUGAUAUUUGUGUAGCUUCAGUGGGAGGUAGAAUGGCAUUUUUAACUUUCUGUGGUAUUUACCUUGCGAGGAGAAAAGGCUCCAAAUAGGUAAGAGCUGAGGGGGACAUGCAGGCAAUCAACCUCAAAAGUGAAGUCUGAAUAAAAUCAGAGUGGUGAAGUUUCAAACAGACAGGAUUCAGAGUUUUUGAUGGUUUGGAUUGGGAUGACUUUGGAUACAGUGUAGUUCAGUGGUUCUCAGCUGGUGGGUCCGGAACAGCUGGUCAAAAAAGAAGCUAUUUAAUGUGCGUCUGAUGUUUGACAUGUCUUUUAUUUUGAAAAAAUAGCUUAUUUUGAAACGCAUAUAAGUCAAAUUUUCAUUUUGCUGGUCUACAUUUUGUGCAAUUUGAUAUUCUGUGUAUAUGGAACUUUAGUAGUAGUCUUCCUCAGUUCAUGUGCUCUGAAAAGCAUUUUACUCAAUAAAUGGUGUAUUUGUGUUAAAGAUUUGAGUCUUUAAAGGUUUGGUUUGAAUUCUAUAGAAGUGGGUCGCAAAUUAAGGACCAUGGGAAAAUGUUGGUCCCAGAGUGAGACCAGUUGAGAACUACUGGUGUAGUUUAUUAUGAGUUGUUUAAUUGCUGGAUUCUGUUACGUGACUAUACAGUGUUUGUAACCUGUCUGGUAAAAAGACUCAUCAGUAUGUGUCAGUAUCAUUUUUCUGCCUCGAGGUUGUCAAAAUGAAAUUUAAGAAAACCUGAAAACUCAGCGCAGGGUUCUCCUAAAUCCUUGAAAAGUCUUUCUUUAGAUGUUUUGUGUAUUUUUUUCAGCUUAUUCAACAAUUCAUUGAAUUUUUUGACCCUGCUUGGUGUCUAAACAGUGUGACACUCCGCUCUUGGUUUAAAGUAAGCCUUUAUUUUGAUAGCAAACAUCAACGCAGUUCACCCUCCUCAUGUAUGGACUGACUGUGUUCAUAGGUGGCUGUAUUUGCUCUAGCCAAGCUAAAGUAAGGAAGUUCUGUUUAUCAUGCCAGCAUUUGUCAGGAGUCAGGUUUGUUCACCUGCAGCUAGUGAUAGAAACUACAUACCUCAGGAUAGAGGAGCACAUAUCUGCACAACAAGGCGUCGACUGCUUCACAGUGCUGUGCAGUAUAAACCAAGUUUAAACUCUAGAGUUUGAGAGCAUCGCUUCUAUAAGAUUGUUAAUUCAUAAAUGCAUAAAAUAGAUUUGAUUAGAAGCUGCAUUUUCAGCCACCUUUACGUCAAAGCUGCUAUUUCUGUUGCCCUUUUAUCUGAAACUUUGAAAACUGAAAAAGUUUCUUUUCUUUUCAAUGACAGAAAACACAAUUUUAGAUUCAUAACCUUCUGUGGAGUCUAAUUUGUUGUUUGUGCUGAAAAAUUUCAAUCAGAAUACUUUUUUCUUUCUUCACCUUUGGAAAUAUUUGCUUGGGAUAACAAUGAUAAUAGGGUGAAAAAUAACGAAUACAGCUUUUGAUCCAAAGUUGGAUAUGUCACAUCUGUAUAAAUUGCUGUUUGUUCUCCAGCACAAAAAAUAUUUGAUUUUCUUUGUUUGGGUCUUAAAAGUCUUCAAUUUGAUUUUGAAAGAUGUGCAGAAACUAAACGUGUGGUUUUCCUCCUCAUUGUCUGCAGGUCUACCUAUGGUGAACCACGGUAACUAUAUUGUGCGUUUGGGAAACUUUGUACGUUGGCUGGGGGAGCAGGCAGAAGAACUUGGGGUGGAGAUUUACCCUGGUUACGCUGCAGCUGAGGUGAGUCAUCUACUAUUUUUAUUCAUAAUCGUCAUGUAAUACAAGUGUGUUUGCCUUUUUUUUUUGCAUUGGAUGGUGGAUCACUGUCCAUAAACCACAUUUUAUCAGACACUGAUGUUGUGAUAUUUCAAAGCCUGGUGGUGAAAACCUCUUCCUGGCUUUUUCCUAUUUUUCUUUAUAUUGUAAAAUUUGUUAUUUUAUCACAACUUUCACUGGUGUUGCGAUUUUGAAUGCUGGAAGAUUUUUGGGAAGUUGCUUUGUCUGACUACAUGCAUCAAAAUACAGUGGCAUCAGCUUCCUAAUCGACCCGUAAAUUUGCCCACGUUGUUUUCUGUAAACACAGUGUUUACCUGCCAACUGCUUUGUAUUUCCAUUUCACCUUGGGCCAGUCUAAACAAGGCCUCCAUCAAUGUUUGCCCCUCAUAAUUUCCUCGGUAUAUCAAUACGGUUUCUAUCCUCUCCUCUUUUUGCUGCAGCUGUUCACCUUCUCUCUGUAUUUUAUUUCCAGGUUUUAUUUCAUGAAGACGGAAGUGUAAAAGGAAUCGCCACCAAUGAUGUCGGCAUCGCUAAGGAUGGUUCACCUAAGGUACUGACCAUGCAGAACUGUAUUUAUGAAACAGGUCAGCUGUCAUCUCAUGCUUUGUAGCAUAGAAAGUUACAAACAGAGGCCGCUCUGGACAAUUUCAGACACAUAAAUAGUCUGGGUGCAUGAAGGACAUAAAGGAUAAACCUCCAGCAGCUCAUGAACUUAACUGACCUCAUUUAUUCAGAGAGCAUGAAAAAACAACUUGUUUACAGCAUCAAAUUCAAUGACAUGGUGAAGUUUUAUGAGAAUAUUCAGUUGAAUUAUACCCAUCUCCUUUAUACAAACAAUCCAGUGUAUAAUUUUGAAAAUCCAAAAUGUUUUGAAAAUACAAAUCCUGGUGGAAAAGGUUCCGGCUCCAAAGGUUGAUGCGCCCAGUUUUGUAUGUAUUUCAUUCAUGAUGUUCCUUUUCGUGUCCUCGUCUGCUCUUGCUUCAGGAUGUUUUCGAGAGGGGGAUGGAGCUCCACGCUAAAGUCACAGUGUUUGGGGAAGGCUGCCAUGGUCAUUUGGCCAAGCAGCUUUACAAGCAUUUUAACCUGCGAGAGAACUGUGAGCCGCAGACCUACGCCAUUGGCCUCAAGGAGGUAAACAACACACCGCCCAUGUUAAUCUCAAAGUGGUUAGAGGGCUGCUCACUACGUUUGUGGCCUUUUAAUUUGAUUUUCCCUCUGAUAUGAUUUGACUGACUGUGCCAGAUGACUGAAGUCCAACCAGAGGAGAUAAGAGUGGCUACUUUAAUGUUGCUGCUUCACAGAGGAUUUAUCUGCUGUGAGCACAACUGCGCGUAUAUCUUUUUUGUAAUGUGAAUCCCUGUGGAGAAACGUGUGAUAAAUGCGGCAACUUUUCCUCCACACUUGUAUUUAUUAAAAAAAAAGAAAAACUGCUGAAAGGCUUAAAGCUGUUUGUGUAAAUUUGACCAGAACUGCAAACACGAGUUUACAGCUGUAGUGAAUAAAUAAACGAUAAACACCAGUACAUAAAUUUUACAUUAUACAUAAAUUUGAGAUGAGUGUCAGGGUUUAGUUUUGUUCUGUGUUGAUUGAAAGACACUUUGGGCAGCUUUUGUUGUUUUUCGAAGCGUUUUAUGAACAAAAUUGGAUAAAUCUUGGAUAGAAUUGAAUAUAUUCACUGAGUUCAUGUAGUUUAUUCUUCACCUUAAAGUGUGCUGUCCACAAACUACCAUAAUCUGAUCAUGCUGCCCUCCCUCCUCGUGACUCUCCCACGCUUGCACCUUGCCUUACUCCCCCUCUGAAUGUUUGCAGUGUUGACAUCAGCUGAAUGAUUUAAGAAAUUGCAAAUCUUUUGAGUCACAUGUGGACGAGGAUUUUAAUGAGUGAGGUGUCAGAAAGAGUGAGAUUAACAUUUUUUUAUGGUAUGAAUUGGACACGGGUAGAGGCAGUCUAAUGUUAAUCAGAAAAUGCUUGGCCUCAACAGAGCUAGAUGUAUGUGUGUGUGAGAUUGUGUCUGCAGGCAAGACAGUUAUGUCAGGGACAGAGACUAAAACAGGCUUAUUAAUCAAUCAGAGAUGGUGUUUGUCUCUUAAAUGAAGAGACUAACUCUGCUAUAAAGUACUAAAUCUAUAGCAGGUAUCACACAGCUGCUGUGGACAUAAGAAGAUAAGUUGUGCGGGAUGUUAGAGUGAAGUUAAGCUGCUCUCAUAUAAAAUAAGUUAUUUUUCUUGUGUUUAAUCAAUUAAAUGAAUUUGUGAUUUUGACAGCUCUGAUUCAAACUGAAUUAAAUUAGUUUUUUGAAAGUACAAGAUGUAUUUAUUACAUUUGUUCAGGUAUGUUUCAGACUUUCUGCAGUGAUUUUUCAUUAUGUCACUUGAAACAAGUUUUCCUCGUUUUUCCAGUUGCUGAGAGAGUUUUGUCAGCACUCUGUACAGCAUGAUUUUUAAAUAGAGUCUGUCAUGGAGUAAAUUGACCCGACACAAGUGAUAAGAAAAAUUUUAAAGAAAUACUUGAUAAAAAACACAGAUGAUGGGGACGGUAGCAUGCCAGAAGAUGUCGGGGAGAUUAAAUUGUGAAAAUGAUACGAUAAAAGAAAAAUGGGAUAGUUUUGGUGGACAGAUGUGUUAACUUUCUCGCCUUGCCAACUUACCUGCCUGUCUUAUUUUUAUUUUCUUUUAUUCAUUUUCCUUUGUGUGUUUAUUUAUUUUAUUAUUAUUACUAUUUUUGACCUCCAUUACAUCUGAUUUGUCUGAUCUUCGUUAAUCUGUUGUAACAUUGGAAAAAAUGAUAAACUCUGAAUUAUUUAAAAAAAAAAAAAAACAUAAUUGUAUCUUUUUAAAUUUCUGUUUAUGUUUGUUUUUUCUUUGUAGGUGUGGACGAUCGAUGAAAAGAAGUGGAGGCCGGGCAGAGUGGAGCAUUCAGUGGGCUGGCCCCUGAACAGACACACAUACGGCGGCUCCUUCCUGUAUCACCUGAACGAAGGAGAGCCUCUGGUGGCCUUGGGUUUCGUGGUGAGUGGCUCUAUACGCAGCCUGACAACCACAUAAACAGAUAUGACAGGUGGAAAUCAUGCAGGCAAUAAAUAACCUCUGGAUAAUUGUCUCCAGCCUCUGAAUAAAUAGUGGAAGCAUGUGCUGUCCAGCGUUUUUUAUCGUGUAAUUACUCAUCCUUCAGGAGGAAAACAAACAAAAGUUGAACUGAUUGACAGUGAAAUCUGGUGCGAGUGUAAACCGCUGAAGAAAAAAACGUGCGAGCCUGAGUUUGAGAUACAGAAAUGUUCCAUCUGUCAUGGACUUAAUCUAAAUAGAUUAUGCCAGUGUUUUGACGUGUCAGUCCACUCUUAUUACCAGUUAGACAUAAAGGGAAAGAACAUUGGAAAUUUGCACAAAAAGACAGCUCAGUUCAAGAACGUACAAAUCACUGAAACUGGCAACAGCUCUCGGUUUUCUUCUUCUGCUUCUGCCUUCCUGCCAAGGUCAACCACUACGGUAAACAACUCAAGUGAAAUGUGUUUUCUUUCCUUUCUUUAAUUGACUUUACUGUUAGCUCUGAAGGACAUUAGUCAAGUUGACACAAACCAUUUUGUGUUUGUUUACUCGUUUUGUAGUGCUGAAAAGUGAAUCUCAGAUGUCUCGGUAAACUCGUCCUUGUGUGUAAAGCGUUUGGUCCAAGGACGAGCGUUUUUGGCUGUGUUUGAGUAUCCUCUGCCAAGCCUCAUACACCACGCAAGCGCGGAUCGUUGGAAAGAAAAGGCUGACUCAUAACACAAAGAUAUUGCAAAGGCAUAUUAAAGUUACAGACGCUUUCCCUGCUCUGAUUGAACUUCACAUCUUGUCAUCACUUGAAAUGGAAAAAUGACUAUCAGUACAGAGAGACAGAGAUCUGGCUGCAAUUGUAGCGAGUGAAACUUCCUUUAAGUUUUUUUAACCCAGAUGUAACACUGAUUUUAAUGAACUUGUCAGGAACAUUUUGGCCCCAGAUGUCUCGGCUUUAAAUUAGGUUUAUUGAGUUAUUUUAAUCAGAAUUGAGACAGCUGCACUUGGUAAGAUUUUAGUUUUUUUUACAGCGUAAAUGUCAUCCUGUUAGCUGGCUCAUGCAGUUAAAACUUUUGACAGAGAAAAAGAACAAACAAUAACAAAAGUCAAAGUAAGAUGUUAACCAACGUUAUACUAGGGUACAUUAUAGCAAAAGGUGUUCCUAAUAUUAAAGAUAGGGCUGAAACGACUCCUCGAGGGCAUCGAUUACAAAAAAUGAUCAAGGGAUUUUAUCUGCCUCGAGUACUCGUUCAUAAACUCAAAUCGGAUUAUUUUCAAGUUGACAUGAUGCACUUUCGUCACCACAGUAGAAGGAAGAGUAAGAGUGGUUUUGGUUUUGCGGAGCGGACAAAAUGAAUGAUAAGAGGGCGAAACAAAAGGAAAACACAAAAAGUGACGAUAAAAGAGAAAAAAGAUCAAAUUUAAAAAAAGGCAAAACAUUUCCAAGAUAAAAUGUGCGUGUCGUCUCCGGUCUGAGUGCUGUAAAUCGGUUCAUUUGUGGUCCUGACCUGACCACUGGCUCUCAUUCUCCCUGUUUUCACUAUUUAGAAAUAGCUGAUCUUCACACAGAUGGGCUCAUUUGCUGUUGCAGGUGACAGGGAGACAUCAGCAGAAAUGAGAGAUUUUUUAAAUCUAGUUAAAAGUUCCUUACAGGGUGUUGAGCUAAGAAAAAUUAUGUUUUAUCUGAUUACUCGGUUAAUUGAUGGAAUAUUCGGUAGAAUACUCAAUUACUAAAAUAUUCGAUAGCUGCAGCCCCAAUUCAAGAUAUAUGAAACACUGAGUGUCUGGCACUGUUAAAUUUAGUUGUACCUGUUACAAUGACAGUAAAGGACUAUUCUUCUUAAUGUAAAAUACUCAGAUGCACCAUCACUCACUGUGUCUUCAUAAGGGAGAUAACAGUAUGUUUGCUCUGCUUGGAUAUGAGCCAGGUUCCUGUUUCAGCCUUGUGUCCUCACCACUUCCUCCCCUGGGGUCCAUGUGUUUGAUUUGAGCAGCAUUCCUCCUCUGUCUCCCACAUCUUAAAGCUCCAUCCUCUCUCUCUCUUAGUCACACAGGAAAUGGGGAGUAGCAGGCAAACAAAACAGCGCAAGAAUGUCAGAAAGGAGUGCAGCAAGAAUGCAACUGUAAUAAACAGAGAGCUUUAUUUAAGGGAGCAGAUUGGCACUAAAAAUUGUCUCAAGAAUCAAACUUUAUCCUUUCAGUAAGUGAUCAGCUGUUAUUGCUCUCUUAGCAGCUUUUAACUAGAAAGGAGGUCGGCCGAUUGCAGAUAUAUGAAGUAAAUAUGGCAUGACGUUUUUGUUUAUGAUAAAGCUCUUAAAUAAAUAGAACAAUAAUCAUGUGUCGGGUCAAAAAUCAAAGCUAAGAUGCUUCCUGAAAAUGUGUUUUUUGGUAAAGCCGUUGCAUUGGGUUGAAUUGCAUUUGAUACCAGGUGUUAAUAAUGCUAUGUCUGCUCAGUGUAUGUGCGGCUUUAUGAUAAUCUCAGAUUUCUGUCAAACAACUUGGGUUUUCAUGGUUUAAAAUGUUUUAUGCAGAAGCAAAAUAUUGUUUGUGUUUGGCUGUGAAGGCUCCAAUAUCACCACUUCACACUGAUUUAUUUUUAAAUUCAGACACUGAGUGGUGAGAUAAUAUUUAAAAUCCUCUCGUUGGAGCCUGCAGGUGGAUGCCAUGGUGGAAGUGUGGCUGAAGUUUAGAAAUUUUUUUAAACCCACACAUGAACAUGGCAGGAAAUGAAGCUGUGUUUAGAUUCUUCUCCAUGGCGAAGUAGCUCCAGAAAACAAAACAAAACAAAAAAACACAUCCUACAUUUGUCAACUUUUGAACUUGCAUAUGUGUAUACUUGUUUUUCUAAAAGAGCGUGUUUUUUCCUCCAACUCCAGGUGGGUCUGGACUACACCAACCCAUACCUGAGCCCUUUCAGAGAGUUUCAGCGCUGGAAACAUCACCCCUCUGUAGCCCCCACACUCGAGGGAGGCAACAGGAUAGCAUAUGGAGCUAGAGCGCUGAACGAGGGAGGAGUACAGGUAUAUCUCUACAUACUUUACUUCUUUUAAUCAGCAAGGAUACCUGUAAACACAAACUUUUCUGUUGAUGUUUUUCAGAGCAGUGAAGAAUAAACAGGCUUCUGCUGCUUUACGAUAUACAAAUCAUCCUCUGAUACUGAGCCCUAACCUCAAGUGUCGCCAUGUUUUUGUGGAAUCACAAGAGACUCUGAAAGUUCAUGUUUUAAGUAACUCCAGUUUGUAACUUCGUUUGUUUGAAUCUUUUUACCUCGACACACUUUGAUCCCAUGCAUCAACUAACUGUGUUCACAUUUUCAAGAUAUAAGAUAUAGAAUGUUUUGAAGAGAAGAUAUAUAUGAAAUUUCUGUUUGAUUUUUGCAGACAAUAAAAUUCAAACAUUCUUAAUCACAAUCUUUAAAAAAAACAUCAGCACUUCAAUUGAACAAUUUCACAUCCACUCGCCACAUUUACAUAACCUGUUAUUCGGUAUAUUUUAUGAACGUUUACAGGAGUUCAGCACAGUGGCCCUAAAAUUCAACUGCAUAAACUUUUAUUAAAAUUUCAAAAGCAGUUCACUAGAUACCAAAACUAUUCACUGAACAGAAAACACAUAAAACACACACUGUAAGUCAUGAAACUAAAAAACGUCAGAAGAGAAUAUUUUGCUAAAUGCAACAAAUAUUCUCAAAAAUAUUUUAUGAUGCAAAAAAAAGUUUGAUAAAUUCACGUAGAGUUUUAUUAAGGGUAAAAACAAUUCUUUAAAUGUCCAUAAUAUUUCGAUGAAUGCUGAAACAUUUCAUCAAACACGUUUCAUGUUUAAGUUCCUCUAAAUAAUUUAAGCGAAAAUGUUUAUUACUGGAUACAACAAGGACUUCAUCAAACACAACAAUCAUUCAUGAAACAAAAACAUUUCAAGACGAAAGGAAAAGUUCACAAAAAUAUUUUUGCUUUUCGUGAAAUAUUUAUAAGUUUGGUGGAAUGUUGGUGCACCCUUUGAAAAUUUCCUGUGACGUGCUUUUAUUCAGUGGAAUAUUUUUAGCUGUUCAUGAAUUUAUUGUGCAGUCGAACAUUCCUGUGUUUUGGAAAAUGUCUCGAUGUUUCAUGAAUUAUUUGUGCUCUUGGCCUUCAUUUGUACAGCACCAUGAUACAGCAGUCCAUCCUGGUCUUAGGGUACUUCAAUCUUCUGGGGCUAAAAGCUGAAACUCUGAAUGAACUGUGGGGGACAGAUCCGAUGCUGUUUUCUGCACAGACUGCACAUGGAUCGUUUAAAAGCUCCCAUAGUUUUCAUAGCUGUCUCUUCAAGAUGGAAUCUCUGUGUUGGUUUUCGUGAGCCUCCUUAGUCGACAUCAUGUUAUUAUGAGUUUAUUUUAAGAAGACGAAUCCUCAUGCAAAAACUGUACCACUAUCUGAUCUGUCAAAUAUCUGUCGAUAAUCUUGAGAGGCAGAGACCACAGUUAAGAAUCUGAUUGCAAGCAUGAUGAAAUUAAAUUAGUUUUUUGAUGUGGAAAAGAUGAUGUUUGCACUCUUAGUCGGUGCGGUUUUCACUUUAAUGUGCCAAACUUUCCACCGAUCAGACCUUCAUUAGAGUAAACAGAGAGAGAGCUGGGAUCAUGAAAGUGAAUCUGCACUGCCUGAGUUUAUCUGCUCAGGUUUAAUACCCUCACUUAUCAGCAUGUAUCUGAUACAAACAGAAAUGUCUCAAAGCAGCAAAGCCACUGCUCAGUCUCACACAGGUUAUUUGAGGCAGUCAGGAAAUCAGCUGGUUAUUCCCCUUUGCAGGAAUUUUAUGCCCCACUUGGAAAAGACCCAAAACAAGCAGAGACCAUAUAUCCCACAUGGCCUAAGAAGAACUCGGUAUCCUCCAGUAGGAGCUGAAUAUUUACUCGGGAUGCAUCACGUUAAACAGAGACCAGGAUUUUCUAUCAGGUCACGUUUUUAAAGUCUAAAUAAAACACCUCUUGAAUUUUCUCAUCUUGCUCUGCAGUCCAUCCCAAAGCUGACGUUCCCUGGUGGACUGCUGAUAGGCUGCAGCCCCGGCUUCAUGAACGUCCCGAAGAUCAAAGGCACCCACACGGCCAUGAAGAGCGGCAUGCUGGCGGCCGAGACCAUUUUCCCCAAAGUCACAGCAGAGGACCUGGAGUCCGAGACGAUAGGUACUGAAUUUAACACUCCCUGAUGACCGUGAUAGAAGCACCGGUGGCUGUUUUCAUUUCACUCUGGGUACUCUGUGAAGAUUAGUCUCAACAGAAAGUCCCUAACAGACCAAAUAUAAUUAACCCCUGGAGUGUGCUGAAAACUUAUUUUUAAGUUAUACAAUGGCAGAGCAGAGCAGCAAGGCUUUACCAUAGCAGAUUAAAUUUCAGUGAGCAACAUUUCUCGGCAUAGGAGAGCAGACAAUAAAGCUUCCUUAAGAUACUUCGAGGAUUUCUAAUCAAGACAGCCGACGUGAAUGAGGUCGAGCAAGUAUCAAUCUGAAAUUUAAUACAAAUGUCAGUGGGGAUCGUCUGAAUAGCAUGCCAUUCUCCAGGGAGACUAAAAAAGUGUAUCAGACUUCUCUGAUUCAAACUCUGUAGUCUGGAAAAGAUGAGCAAGUAAAUGUAAUACUCUUAAAGGGCUAGUUCACCCAAAUAUUUCACUUCCCUGCAGUUUCUAAAAACUUUCUCCAGGAACUAUAAACCUUUUGAAGAACUGUGUGCCUUUGGGGUCUAACUUUAGUUCUAGGUUAAUUGAUUGAUCCACCCCUUAAAGUCCCAGCUCAGAGUCUCCAUACUUUUCAAAGGUACAGGAACUUUUGGGAGCAGGGUCUGACAAUCUGAUUCAUGUUAAGAACACAGACAGUAGUAGCUGCGUGAACAAACGCACACAAGCGAGGAGAGCUUGUGAAUCAUUUCCCAUGUAACCAAAUUAUUUGAUCUUGGUCAUAAUGUUCAUUGGACAUCAGUCAUUUUACAAUGAAAUGAAGCUCCCUGUCAAUAAUCUGCAGGGAAAGAAAAGUAAAGAGACCAAGUGACAUCUUUCUCCUCUCCUGUCAGUCUGCAGCAGACUCUGACAUGAUGGGUUUGUCUUCAUUCGAUACCAAAAUAGCGGUGUAGUAGCUGUGACGGGGCAGAGCAGGGAGACACAUCAGGCAGGAGGAAGCAUGACCAAAGAAUAUCCAGCGCCUACCUGCACAGUUGUGCUGAGAUGUAGACAUUUUCAGAGAGUCGCUGCUCUGUGAGACUCAGAGGAUGCGUGCUCUUUUCUUUCUACAUGGCAGCUCUGUUUGUUUAAUUGCCUUUCUGUCUUUAACCGCUGCUGCCUGAUCUCUCUUAGAUUUACUGCUUAUAAACACGACUUGAAAUAAACUGUUUCCACAUAGACUUCAGUGGUUUUGAUAAAUAACAGAUAUUGUAUCAUUUAAAAGCUCAAGGUAGGGCUUGGCGAUAAACCGAAAAUUUAUCGAUACCAAAAUUUAAGACAUUAACCAUCAUCAUUUUGCCCAUCUCAGUAUAUCCGGUGUCAAAAAAAUGAAUAAAUAAAAGUUGGCGCUCUGACGCUGUCCUACGUCAGAGCAGCUGGAGCGGCGGCUGAAGUAGACGAAGUUCAUGUGGGAGGGGGUGAACGGCUUGUGGGGUAGUUAUCUUCUAUUUAACAUUAUCGGGGUGAACUGGUCAAUAUAUCGUGAUAUUGAUUUGAGGCCAUAUCGCCCAGUCCUAGCUCAAGGUGUAGAAAAGUAUCCAAGUAUUGCUACAACAUAAAAAAAGAGAAGUAGAGCUUGAUAAGUUUUCUGCUUCGUCUUAAACUCAAACACAGACUGGUUAUAAAUUGUGUUCAGACAGUACGCUGUUGAUGCUACUCUAUUUAUUUGACUGUGUACAUUUUAUCUUCUUAUUCUGAACAUUUAAAAAAAUAUAUACAGUUCGAGUUCAGCCACUGUUCUAAGUUUACCUGAGGUUAAUGCAGUUUCAUUCGUGACACUGAAAACAUUUCUGUCACAGUUUUGGUUCCUACUGUAGAGCCCGUGUGUCCCAGUAGAUAAGAAAAGUCCACUGAACUCGCUGUCAAAUGUUUCUACAGGGAUUAUUUCUCUCGGUGAAAAGCUCAGUGCUCUAGGAAAUGUGUUGAAAUGUGGUGCAGGAGAGUCAACAUGACUUCAACAGAGAGAAAAAUGAAACUACGAUUGUUCAAUUAAAUUUUUUUUUUAAACCUCACAGGAAUCCACGUACCCGAGUACAGCGACGUCUUGAAGAGCUCGUGGGUGUGGAAAGAGCUGCACGCGGUGAGAAACAUCAGGCCGUCCUUCCACAAUUACUUCGGCCUGUACGGAGGAAUGGUCUACACCGGGAUCUUCUACUGGAUCUUCAGAGGGAAAGAGCCUUGGACCCUCAAACACUGUGGUCAGUAUCAUGGAGCUGAAUCACCGUACAACUUUGUGCAGAACUUUUCUUCAAUUUAUGCAAAGUGCUGACUUCUGUGCAGCAAGAAAAACAUGCUGAGUUUAAAAGUGUCUGUUUUAGACAAAAUGAGCAUUGAUUUAUUUCUGAAAAGCUUCUUCUAAAAGGAGAGAAAAAGGCAGAAAAAAUGAACAAAAUGAAGGAUUUUUAAUCUGGAACAUUUGAUUUACUACAACCCCAACUCCGUUAUUAAUUCAGAGAUAGUAAAAUUUUAUUAAAACAGAUUUCGGUGGUUUGAAAAUCAUUUAAUUUAAAAUAGUGCAAAGACGACAUACUAAGUGUUGAGACUAAAAUCUCUUUGUGCUUUAUGAAGAAAAACAGUACAUGAUUAUUUUCAAUUUGAUGCCAAUUUGGUGAAAAACUGUCCUUUGGUCUGAUGAAUCUAAAGUUGAUACUCUUUUUGGAAAUCAUGGCGCUGUGUCCUCUGAAGAGGUUAGGGACAACCUGAGCUGUUAUUAGCAGAGAGUUCAAAAGCAAGCGCAUGGGAUGUUAUGGGCGGGAACCAUAGACUGUAUAUACUAUGGACAACUUGGUUCCGCCUCCCACCUGUAUACAGAUUUGAAGCCAAAGAGCUCUCAGUAUUUCUGGGAUUUUCCUUCAUUUCCUGAAACCAGCACUGCGCAGUAGCGUUGUGCGCAUUCGGUGAGAGAGUCGCCGAGAGUCGCUGUGAUGACGCUCGGCUCAAACAGCGUAUCCCCCGGGUGAGCUAUGCAAUCCCUGAACGCUCAUGGGCUGUAUCAGGUGUCAAUCAAAGAAAACAUGAACCUCCUAAUAACUUUUAAAAACUGAGCUUCACAGAAAAAAGAGGACUUGAGCACAAACCAGUCUGACAGUAACUACAUGUCAACGCCUUUCUAAAGUUUGUCCACAGCCCUAUAAGUUUUGCUGGCAGAGGUGGGAUUUAUGACCUAUACUGCAGCCCGUCAACAGAGGGUGCUGUUCUCUGAGUGGCUUCACCCAGCAAGGAGGCAGACGCUGUCCAUUCUAUAUACAAUCUAUGGUGGGAACUAUCAAUGCUGAACAUUACAUACAGGUGUGGAGCAGAAUUCACUGCCAUACAGAUGACGCAAGACAACACCAAACAACAGUCUUGAUCAGCGUGUCUGUGUGGCAGCAGAGCCCGAGUGCUAAACUGUCCUGCCUAUGGUCCCUUUAAAAAUACUCGGUGCAUCAUGAUACAAAAAUUCUGACACAGACCCUGGACCGUUGUGCAGCUGACGCCUAUAUAGGGGACAAUUUACUCUUUAAACUCCAUUAACUGCUCUCCCUGGAUCCCAAACAUUUAAACAGCAGUGUUUGAAGAAGAGGUGAUGAGACACGACUGUAAACUCGCCUCUGUCCAAACUUUUAAAUCGUGGUUCUGGCAUCAAAUUCAAACUGAGCAUACUCCUUUAAUUCAUUUUGACAGCUGAUAUUUCGUUUUUUAGACUUUAAAUUAUUUGCAAACCACUGAUCUGAAGUCAGUGUCCUGUAUUUUUCCUUCUACGUCAUGCCAGAGAACUUCCUCCUGCUUGUGAAAACUAAACCGAAGUUUCAAAAGUUAUUCUGAGAGUCUUUUCGACCUUAGGCUUAUUGUGAGAAAAACGAUCAAACAUGCAGUGCAGCACUAGAGCUCCAAAGCAGCGGUUCCUCUGCAGGUCAGGAUUGAGGUCAUCUUAUCUGCACAGAAAGAAUCAACAUUUCAUAACCAGCUGGGUUCAAUCUGUCUCAGGCCUUGACGCGCACCAGCUGAAACCGGCCAAAGAAUGUACACCGAUUGAAUACCCGAAGCCCGACGGCAAGAUAAGCUUUGACCUGCUCUCCUCUGUGGCCCUGAGUGGAACCAACCACGAGGGGGACCAGCCCCCCCACCUGACCCUCAGAGACGACAGCGUGCCGGUCAACAGGAACCUGGCUGUAUUCGACGGGCCAGAGCAACGCUUCUGCCCUGCAGGUAUCGACACUUUGACCCCCGAGAAGAAUUAUUCACUCUUUAUGUUUUAAAGUGCUGACAGAAGUCGGUCCAAAGUGAGAAAAAAAAAGUUCCCCGACUGUUAACACACCUUAGAUUUAUUCAGGAGGCAAAGUUGACUCCGCUCCAGUCAAGAGUUUACCGGCUGAAGUGAAGUCUAAUUAUAGAUGACAUCUUUGUGGGCAGAAAAUUAAUCAGAGCUACUUUUUAUAAUUAAUGUCUUUUCAAGCAAAACAGAUAAUCACCUGGGGUUCUGGCACCUCAACUGUGACUCAUUAUCUUUUGGGUUUGCACUCUGAUUCAAAAAGCUAUUUUGCAUUUGUCAAAUCUCAUGAUGAUGAGAUAUUAUUUCCUGAUUUAUUAAUUAUCUAGUGAUUAAUUAAGAAAAUUAUAAGCAGAUUAGUAGAUAAUCAAAAUUAAAUUAGUUGCAGCUCUAAGAUCUAAUCCAGUGCUGGUACUGACAGUGAAGAGUGCUUGUUUUUAACACUUCAAACUGUGGUGUGUCUGUGAGGUAGAUAAGGCUGCAAUUAGCCUGGACCACUUUUAAUUGUAUUUCUAUUACAUCAUAAAAUCCGGACCACAGUUCACCCACAGUGGGAGGUCAGAUCUUCAUGAUUCCACAGAACUUUUCAAUCUACUUCUGUUAACUUUUAAGCUCCUGACAGGAACUUUGUGAUGAUUACUAUGCCCCCUUGUGGACUAAGUGGCACCUUCAAUCUUGAUGCUGAUUUUUGCCUCGACCCAAAGUGGUGUUUUCUGGAAAAAAAGAGCUUCAGAUGGAGCAUGUGUAAAUACUUUGGUAUGACACCUGUAUCCUUGCAGUGGUUAGAGGUUUUUAAAAAAAGAGCAUAGUCAUUCGUGUAGAUAAUCUGAAGCUUUGACUUUUGAAGCUCAGAAAGAGGCCGCUCUGUCAAUUACGGCCUCUUAUAUCUGAAUAUAUAAAACCCUUACAGAAGCUUUAAAAAGCAGCAAAUUCUCACAUGUAGUCGUGCAUGUUCAGAUGCUAAUGUGACAAAUUUAGCGUAAUAAUAGGUUUCACUGACUUUAGUUGAUCCUUUAACGGCUGACCAAUCAUUUCAGCACUACCGUGAGUAAUGUGCAUUUAUUAAAGCUCUAAAUUCAGUCUAAAAUCACUGAGCCGGAGCAGCUAAAGGUCUUUGAAUUGUCUUAGACGUGUCGCAGGUAUGUACGGUCGAACAAGAAGCAACACCACUGAAGUAGUUGGUCAUGGAUAGUGUUGAGUCACUUCAGCUACUGAGAUAUUUCGCCUGAAAAAUCAAUAAUUUUUUUACAACACAAAGCUGCAUUGAAAGCUGAACUAGUUGAUACUUAUUCGUUGUUGAAUCUUUCACCAUAAAAUCCCUGAUUAAAACAGAAAAGAUAACACCAAAUCAAUCCUAAUCUCUGUCUCUUUACCGACCAUCUCAGGUGUGUACGAGUAUGUUCCCGUGGAAACUGGAGAUGGGAUGAGGCUGCAGAUUAACGCUCAGAACUGUGUCCACUGUAAGACCUGUGAUAUCAAAGACCCGAGCCAGAACAUCAACUGGGUUGUGCCUGAAGGCGGCGGCGGACCUGCCUACAACGGAAUGUGAAUGUCUUGAGUGUUUUUUUAACUUUUUCGUUGUGAAAGAUGAUCAUGCAUUCAGGGCUUCAGUACUGGCCAGUGAGCGGCAGAUGUGCCUAAUAUACGGAUCUGAAAGUAACUUUGUGGCUGUUUUUGAAGUUAUUAAGAAUAAAAUCUGCAUUACAUGAUAGAUGGACCCUUAAUUUGUACAGGGGAACAGUUAAGUUAAAAGUGGCGAAGAGCGAAGCACAGGACCAUGACAUCUGAAGAGAAGUCGACUCAUAGUUCUGUGUAUUUUUAUUUUAUGAACUUCACAAUGUGAGCAUUAGAGAGCUGAGGAGAGUCAAAGGGUGUUAAUUUUGUUUGUUUUCAAGAAGUGUUAAAAACCUAGUUAAUAUAUUUCACUCAAACUGUAACUGAACAGACGUACAUGAUCUUAGAGAAAGGUUAACGCAGGUACAAUGACAACAUGUGAUCUGAACUGUACUGUACAUAUCUUUAGGUAAUAAUCCCAGGAAUGAAUAAAGAACACUUCACUGUUAUAAUUCUGUUUUAUUGAGCUCUGUAAAAAACAUAAAUAAAAACAAACAGAUGUUCAUACGGGC